AUGAACGAGAAAACAAGGAUUAUGUUUUCCCUCCUCUGUUUCUUCUCCGUUCUUCUUGUUUUUCCUUCUCAAUCUAACGGCCAAGAUAUCUCGUUGAGCUGCGGUGCGUCAGAACCAUCCGUUGAUCCGGACAAGAAAAAAUGGGAACCCGACACCAAAUUCUUGAAAACCGCAAACACGGUUCACGCAACAGCUACAUAUCAGGACCCAUCGCUUCUCUCCACGGUUCCUUACAUGACGGCAAGAAUCUUCACAGCUCCAGCAACUUACGAAAUCCCGGUUAAAGGAGACCAAAGACAUCUCCUCCGGUUACAUUUCUACCCAUCCACAUACACAGGGCUCAACAUCGCCGAAUCAUAUUUCUCCGUAGCAGCCAACGACGUGACCCUUCUAAGCAACUUCAGCGCCGCCAUCACAUGUCAAGCCUUGACACAAGCUUACCUCGUCAGAGAAUAUUCCCUCGCACCGAUCGAGAAAGAUGUCUUGACCCUCACGUUUACUCCCUCUGACAAACAGCCAAAGGCGUUUGCUUUCAUAAACGGCAUCGAGGUCAUUCAGAUGCCGGAGCUGUUCGACUCAGCUGUUCUCGUCGGGUUCGCAGACCAAACUGCAGACGCUAAGGCCGCGAAUCUUCAGACCAUGUUCAGGCUUAACGUCGGUGGUCAAGAUAUCCCCGGGAGCCAAGACUCUGGAGGGUUAACAAGAACUUGGUACAACGACGCGCCUUACAUAUUCAGCGCAGGUCUCGGUGUAACCCUCCAAGCAAGCAACAACUUCAGGAUCGAUUACCAGCAAAUGCCCGUCUCUUCCGCUCCAUCCGACGUCUACAAAACAGCUCGGUCACAGGGACCAAACGGAGACAUCAACAUCAAAUCAAACCUCACGUGGAUGUUCCAAGUCGAUACCAACUUCACCUACAUCACGAGACUUCAUUUCUGCGAGUUCCAGCUCUCUAAAGUCAACCAGAAAGCUUUCAACAUUUUCAUCAACAACAGAACCGCGCAGACCGAUCCCAGCGCCGCGGAUAUCAUCGCGUGGACGGGAGGGAAAGGUGUCCCGACGUACAAAGAUUACGCCAUCUACGUCGACGCCAAUACCGGAGGCGAGGAGAUUUCCCUCCAGAUGACUCCAUCGGUUAUAGCUAAACCGGAGUAUCUCGACUCGCAGCUAAACGGACUAGAGAUUUUCAAGAUGGACACAAUGAAGAACCUUGCAGGCCCUAACCCUAAGCCAUCGCCUCUACAAGCUAACGAAGAUGUGAAAAAGGAAUUCGGAAGAGACAAAAGAAUCACAGCUUUCGUCAUCGGCUCCGCCGGAGGAGUCUCGGCGGUUUUGCUCUUCGCGUUGUGCUUCACUAUGUACCAAAGGAAACGGAAGUUCCAUGGAGGCGACUCUUUCACGUCGAGCUGGCUUCCUAUCUACGGAAACUCACACACUUCCGGCGGCACGAAAUCUACUAUCUCCGGCAAGAGCAACAACGGAAGCCAUCUAUCUAACCUCGCAGCCGGUUUAUGCCGGAGAUUCACGUUGCCUGAGAUCAAACACGGGACUCAGAACUUCGACGAGUCAAACGUGAUCGGAGUCGGAGGAUUCGGUAAGGUUUACAAAGGAGUAAUCGACGGCGGCACGAAAGUGGCGAUCAAGAAAUCGAAUCCGAAUUCAGAGCAAGGUCUCAACGAAUUCGAGACGGAAAUCGAGCUUCUCUCGAGGCUGAGGCACAAACAUUUGGUGUCGUUGAUCGGAUACUGCGACGACGGCGGAGAAAUGUGUUUGAUCUACGAUUACAUGUCUCUCGGCACACUCAGGGAGCAUCUUUACAACACGAAGAGACCUCAGCUGACUUGGAAACGGCGGCUGGAGAUCGCGAUUGGAGCUGCGAGAGGACUGCAUUACCUUCACACGGGAGCCAAGUACACGAUUAUACACCGCGACGUGAAGACGACGAACAUUUUGGUCGAUGAGAAUUGGGUCGCGAAGGUUUCGGAUUUCGGAUUAUCCAAAACGGGGCCGAAUAUGAACGGAGGCCAUGUGACGACCGUCGUGAAAGGGAGUUUCGGGUAUUUGGAUCCGGAAUACUUCAGGAGGCAGCAAUUGACUGAGAAAUCGGAUGUUUACUCGUUCGGUGUUGUUCUAUUCGAGAUCUUAUGCGCGAGGCCGGCGUUGAACCCUAAUUUGUCCAAGGAGCAAGUCAGUCUUGGGGAUUGGGCGAUGAAUUGCAAACGGAGAGGGACUCUGGAAGACAUAAUCGAUCCGAAUCUGAAGGGGAAGAUCAAUCCGGAGUGUUUGAAGAAAUUUGCAGAUACGGCGGAGAAGUGUCUCUCCGAUAGCGGAUUAGAUCGGCCGACGAUGGGUGAUGUGUUGUGGAAUCUCGAAUUCGCGCUUCAGUUGCAGGAGACUGCUGAUGGAACUCGCCAGCGAACGCCUAGCCAGGGCGGUGAAUCCGAGGAUUCAAGCGGAAGAGGAGGAGGAGGAGGAGGAGGAGGAGGAGGAAUUAUGGCGGUUAACGUCGGCGCCGGCGAACAUGACGUGAGUGAUAUCUCCUCCGAGGACAGUAGUGGAAUAUUUUCUCAAAUUGUAAAUCCUAAAGGGCGAUAA